AUGUUGAAGCGUUACGACAAUCAUCACGUUUAUCAAUUAGAGCCCAAAACACAACAACAACUAAUUGCAAUAAAUAUAUUAGAAAGCAAAGCAGAUCAGGAUGCAUACACAUUCGUGGAUAGUGCACAAAUCAUUGGUCAAUCGGUCCAUAUAAUUGUAGCUCCGAAGUAUUUACCACAAUUUAAAAACAUGUUACGUACUGCAAAUUUCACAUAUCAGCUGUUGAGUGAAAAUGCACAAACUGAAUUGGAGGAUCUAGAACUAGAGGAUACUCCUCAACGAGCAUUUGAUUACAAUUGGAAAAAGUAUCAUACAUUGGAUGGGACAUAUAAAUGGUUGGAAAUGUUACAAAUGCAGUACCCACAAUUUAUCACACUUUACACUGCUGGUUAUUCAUAUGAGAAUCGAAAAAUUUUAGCUGUGAAAUUAUCGAAAGGUGCUGUAGGUCCCAGGCGCAGUAUAUUUUUAGAAGCUGGUAUGCAUGCACGAGAAUGGAUUACACCAGCGGUUGUCACAUAUAUACUACAACAGCUGCUUACAAAUACAGAUCGUAGCAUAAACGUUAUGAGUGAGCGUUAUGAUUGGUAUAUUGUACCACAUGCUAACCCGGAUGGAUAUGUUUAUACUUAUACUGUCGAUCGAUUGUGGCGUAAAACACGUAAGCCUCAUAUAAGUGGUUGCUUCGGAGCAGAUCCGAAUCGUAAUUGGGAUUAUCAUUGGGGUUUUAUCGGCAGCAAUAACAAUCCUUGUUCGAAUAUAUAUGCGGGUUCAAGGCCUUUCUCUGAAAGAGAAACAUAUACCUUAGCAAAUUUUAUAUCAACAUUUAAGAAAAGUAUGCUAUUAUAUGUAUCUAUACAUUCGUAUGGUCAAUAUUUAUUAUAUCCAUAUGGGCACACGAACUCUUCCGCACCUAAUGCAGGAGAGUUAAAACAUAUUAUGGAUGCUGGUAUUAGUGGUGUAAAACAACGUUACGGCACAGUUUAUACUGGAGGCAAUAUAUACGAUACUAUAUAUCCAACAUCUGGUACAAGUGUGGAUUGGGCAUAUGGCGUAGCUGAAAUAAAAUAUGCUUACGCAUUUGAACUGCGACCAUCGAGUAAAAAUUAUUGGACAGGUUUUAGAUUGCCAGCAAAUCAAAUAAUACCAACUAGUGAAGAAACUUUAGAUGCCCUCAUCGAAAUGAUUAAAACAAUUGAAACAAUAUAA